AUGAAACACGACUACGUGCAAGUGGAGGACGAAACCGCAACCGCUUCCAUAGUCUGGGGACGAUGGUGCGGAACCCACCGCCCGUCCACCGUCACCUCUAAAGGCAACGUCGUGCGGGUCACCUUCAAGUCCAACGACUACUUUGUUCAAAAACCUGGCUUCAAAAUCACUUACUCCCUCCUGUACGAUCCUCCAGUUCCCUCAAACUUGAACGAUCCUUUGCUCAUGUCGGACUUUGGGGGAGGCCAGGUGCAGGCGCUGGUCCCAGAGGUGCCCUUCUCCCUGGAGGACCUGGACAGGACCAUCGCCUCGUUUGACACCAUCAAGGAGCUGCUGAAGUCCCUGAACCCAGACACGUGGAGACAGGACCUGGACAGUAUCUACACCGCAGACACACACAUCCUGUACCGCUCCAAAGCCUACCACAUGGCCAGCAGACACAACAAAGUUGAUCUCGACCGGCUCUACGAUGACGUCAAACGAUACAGUUGCACGCCGCGGAACUUCUCGGUGAAUCUUCGUGAGGAGUUGAGGGUCACCAGCGCGGUCUUCUUCCCCCGGUGUCUGCUGGUCCAACGCUGCGGGGGGAACUGCGGGUGUGGGACGGAUAACUGGAACUCGGGAUGUACCUGCCAGCCCUCCAAGUCCACGCAAAAACUGCAUGAGUCUGUGGUCGUACGGGCUGUGGUCGUACAGUCUGUGGUCGUACAGGCUGUGGUCGUACAGUCUGUGAUCGUACAGUCUGUGGUCGUUCAGUCUGUGGUCGUACAGUCUGUGGUCGUACAGUCUGUGGUCGUACAGUCUGUGAUCGUACAGUCUGUGGUCGUACAGUCUGUGGUCGUACAGUCUGUGGUCGUACAGUCUGUGGUCGUACAGUCUGUGGUCGUACAGUCUGUGGUCGUACAGUCUGUGGUCGUACAGUCUGUGAUCGUACGUCUGUGGUCGUACGGUCUGUGGUCGUACAGUCUGUGGUCGUACAGUCUGUGGUCGUACAGUCUGUGGUCGUACAGUCUGUGGUCGUUCAGUCUGUGA